UAGGAGGCCUGGUCAAGAUGACGAUGCUGUACUGAGAUUCAGUGACUUCAAGUGGACGCAUUCCAUGCAGUCGCUUUGAUCCUCUAGAUCCGUGUCUGGGGAACUCAGUUCUGCUCCGUUCAACCAAACCGGUAAACGAGGAGCUUAGAUUACACGAUAAUCCCAUUGAAAUUGUCAAACACCUCAAAAACACAAUUUAUAGAAGCCGUUUAUUUUACCUUGUCUAAAACUGACCUCGCCGUGUUUCAGACAUAUCACCACCAAUCACAGGACACACCGACAAAGAAAUGUUUACCUCGACUCUAGCUUUUCUGGGCCUCAGUCUAGGGCUGGUGGCAAAUGCUUUCCCGACACAGCCGCCCAAGAACGGGAAGAAUUGGGUGGUGAUCGUCGCUGGCUCCAAUGGAUGGUACAACUACAGACACCAGGCCGACGCUUGCCAUGCAUACCAGAUCGUUCAUAAGAAUGGCAUCCCUGACGAGCAGAUCAUUGUGAUGAUGUAUGACGAUCUUGCCACCAAUGAGGCCAACCCGACCCCCGGAGAGCUGAUCAACCGGCCCAACGGGACAGAUGUGUACAAGGGAGUCCCAAAAGACUACAUAGGAGAGGCUGUGACUCCAAGCAACUUCCUGGCGGUGCUGAAGGGUGACUCUGACAGUACCAAGGGGGGUUCUGGGAAGGUGCUGAAGAGCGGUCCAAAUGAUCAUGUGUUUGUGUACUUCACUGAUCACGGCGCCCCCGGUAUACUGGCCUUCCCAGAUGAUGAUCUCCAUGUUGAAGACCUCCAGGCGACCAUCAAAUUCAUGCGUCAGAACAAAAAAUACAAGAAGAUGGUGUUCUAUAUCGAGGCCUGCGAGUCUGGAUCCAUGAUGACCGACCUGCCUGCUGACAUCGAUGUGUACGCCACCACGGCAGCCAACUCUCACGAGUCGUCGUACGCCUGCUACUACGACGAGAAGAGGGACACAUACCUGGGCGACUGGUACAGUGUCAACUGGAUGGAAGACUCCGACGUGGAGGACCUGAGCAAGGAGACGCUGAUCAAACAGUUCAAGAUCGUCAAGAAACACACCAACACCAGUCACGUCAUGCAGUUUGGGAACAAGACUCUUGCCCACAUGAAGGUGAUGGCCUUCCAGGGUAAUGGCAAGGACAACGUCCAGCCCGCCCGCCCCGUGACCCUUCAGGCUGUAGCCGAGCCGGACCUCACUCCCAGCCCGGAUGUACCCCUGGCCAUCCUCAAGCGGAAACUCAUGAAGACCAACGACAUCACUGCAGCCAGGAAGUACCUCGGUGAGAUCAACUCCGAGCUCAAGGUCCGUGAGAUGCUGAGGGAGACGAUGCGCAGCAUCGUGGAGAAGGUCACUGGAAACAAGGACGUGACCCAGAAGGUUCUGAAUAGCCAGCUGGAUCUGACCCAGCACCAGUGCUACAAGGCUGCUGUCAGCCACUACAAGACCCACUGCUUCAAUUGGCAUAACGCCCAGUAUGAGUAUGCCCUGAGACACCUCUAUGCUCUGGUCAACCUGUGCGAGGAAGGUUACCCAACAGACAGGAUCCUGUUGACAUUGGAGAGUGUCUGCCUGUUUAACUAGAUGGGUCAAUCUGAACAUCGACAUAGACACUUGGGAUCAGGUUGCUGUGCCUCUGGACAAGAUGGUUUGAGAAGAAAAUGAGGCUUCUCUUUGCACUGGAAUUUAUAUAUAUAUUUUUGGUUUUAAUCAUAACACUGCAUUAACACCUUUUUAAAAAUACAUGUUUUAAACAUCUUUUAUUUCCUAGUUUUAUUUUGCAAUGUAUGAUUUGCACUGUCUCUGUGAUCGUGGUUUUCAGUGGGAAGGACGUUUUACUCUGAUUUUGAUGAAUGUAUGAGAAUAUUGGAAUGAGCUCCAAGUCGCCCCAUGGGUGUUGUUGUGCUGCAGGUCCAGCUGUGUCACUGAAUGGCAACGCAGGAUCAAUGUUCCCCUGGAUGUAGUUCUGGGGUCAAAGUUUAGCAUAUUUAAAAUGUUGGUUUAGGAUUGGCGAUGGAAACCCAACCCUAGAUCUGUACCUUGGGGCAAACUGAUCCUAGGUCUGUACCUUGGGGCAAACUGAUCCUAGGUCUGUACCUUGGGGCAAACUGAUCCUAGGUCUGUACCUUGGGGCAAACUGAUCCUAGGUCUGUACCUUGGGGCAAACUGAUCCUAGGUCUGUACCUUGGGGCAAACUGAUCCUAGGUCUGUACCUUGGGGCAAACUGAUCCUAGGUCUGUACCAAGGGACAAACUGAUCCUAGGUCUGUACCAAGGGACAAACUGAUCCUAGAUCUGUACCAAGGGACAAACUGAUCCUAGAUCUGUACCUAGGGACAAACUGGAAUUUAAAGGACCUGGAGGUGUUGGCAGAUGUCCCUGACAGCAGGUCCUGGACUGCUGAAACGUGGCUGAGGCUAGGGACACGUUGAUGUAGUCAUAGACUGGAUGUUGAAAUAAACCCUGGACAUGUUGGACAAUGA